UGGAAGGCAGGAAAGAGGCAGAGCUAACACUCAACAAAAGACAGACCAAGGAAAUCUGCUCCCCCACUGUACUGACACUAUAUGCACUGCUAGAGACAGACACACAGAGAUGGAAUGAAUUGCUCUACGGGACUCUUGUGGUUACCUUCUUCAUGUCCUGAGACAAACUUGUGAUAACUUGAAGAGCAAACAAAAAACUGCAACCAAAAAAAAAAAAAAAGACCAAAAAAGAAAAUAUAAUUUGAAUACAUUUAAAAAAGUGAUACUUCCAGGAGAUAUGCUGGGCUCAGACAUGUUGCUGCUACUUUGGCUAACUAUGUGCAGUGUUUACCUCUCCCCUGCUGCAGGUAGAUUUGCGGAUCCAGCAAGGUCCAGAAUUCAUAGGCAGCUCGUUUCUUCUCCAAACACGCUUGGAUUGUGUCGAUACGGUGCCAGAACAGAGUGCUGCUAUGGGUGGACGAGAAACAGCAAAGGACAAUGUGAAGCUGUCUGUGAAGAGGGUUGUAAGCAUGGGGAAUGCACGGGACCAAACAAAUGCAAAUGUUUACCUGGAUUCACCGGCAAGACCUGCAACCAAGAUAUGAAUGAAUGCGGCCUGAAGCCUCGACCCUGCGAGCAUAGAUGUAUGAAUACAUAUGGCAGCUACAAGUGCUAUUGUCUUAAUGGGUAUAUGCUCAUGCCAGAUGGCUCCUGUUCAAACUCAAGAACCUGUGCUAUGGCAAACUGCCAAUAUGGCUGUGAAGAAGUCAAGGGGGAAGUGAGGUGCCUGUGCCCAUCGAGUGGGCUCCAGCUGGGACCAGAUGGAAGAAAUUGUAUAGAUAUUGAUGAAUGCGCUCUUGGUAAGGUUACGUGUCCAUUUAACCGCAGAUGUGUAAAUACUUUUGGAAGCUACUACUGCAAAUGUCAGCAUGGGUUUGAAUUAAAAUAUGUGAAUGGAAGAUAUGAUUGUAUAGAUAUAAAUGAGUGUUUAAUGAAUACGCACAAGUGCAGUGUCCAUGCUGACUGUCUUAAUACUCCGGGUUCCUUUAUGUGUCGAUGCAAGCAAGGUUACAAAGGCAGUGGGCAUGACUGUUCUGCUAUUCCAGACAAAACUGUGAAGGAAAGCCCAAGAAUUGUUGGCAGUGCUAAAGACACCAUAAAGAAACUGCUUGCUUAUAAGAACAGCUUAAAACGGAAUGAAGAAAUAAAAAAUCUAAUACCAGAGGUAGUUCUCACUGCACCUCCUAAAACCCGCCUGCAGCCAUUUGAUUAUGAGGAUGGAAUCUACAUCGGGGGCAACAACCACGAGGAAGAAAGAGAAUUUAAUGAAGAGGAGGAUGAUGAGGAUGACGAAGAGGAAUUAGAAGAGGAAGAUGGUCUGGAAAACCUGAUUGACCAAGAACGAGUUUAUAGAGGUGACGUAUUUGUUCCCCAGGUAAAAAGAGAAGCAGUCAGUGAUCCUCAUUCAGGAAAAGAAAAGGGUUCUCGCAGGAAAUCUGAAGAUGUGUCUAUUGACUGCAGUUUUCAUCAAGGUACCUGCAACUGGAUACAGGAUACUAAAGAUGAUUUUGAUUGGAAACAAGUCGAUCAAAGCAAUGGUGGACAUUACAUGGCUGUAUCAGCAAAGAUUGGCCAAAAGAAAGACAUUGGGCGUUUGAAACUUCCACUUGAAGGACUGAAGCCAGACAGCAAGUACUGUUUGCUAUUCACCUAUCGCAUAGCAGGAGAAAAGGUUGGUAAACUACGGGCAUACAUAGACGACAGCAGCAGCCCAGUGUGGGAAGAAAGCAGAAAUAAAGGUGAAGGAUGGAGAACUGCAAAGACUGAGAUACAGACGGCAACAAGCAGGAGCACAAGCCAAAUUAUCUUUGAGGCUGAACGAGGAAAAGGCAGAGCUGGUGAGAUGGGCCUGGAUAAAGUUUACAUUAUUUCUGGCUCAUGCUCUGAAGACUGAGCCAAGGACAUUGAACAUCCAGUUAACAUUAGUGUUUUACAAAGUAGUCAAAAUCCAGUUAUCGGUGCUCUCAUUUACAUACAGCAUUUUCUCCAUGACAUACUAGGUCUUGUGCAAUAAGCAUUGUCAUUAGUGUUAGCAAGACAGUUGCUCAGGGCCGGACUUCCAAUUAGGCAGAGUAUUUCCCUCUCCACUAGGUGGCGCCUGCUAUGCCUCCUAAAAUCCCCAUCCAUACCUCCUGUUCUGUGUCUGCUGGCUGCAGGGUUGUGGGAUCACUGCAUUCCGUCUGAGGAGCCUGAUCUGUACAUAGCCCCAAACCCUCAGACUGAACGCAGUGCUCUAUAGGAGGAAGAGGGAGAAGACUGGCCAGGAGAUGGGAUACAACUCAGAAAUAAAAUGUAUACACACUGUU